CCAUUGACACCUCAAGACGAGGACGUCUCCAUGGACCAACAACUCCCAUGGACACCCCACGACAUUCCCUACAGCGAAUCCUUCGAAAACUCCCUCAUGACCGCCGUCCUCGAACAAUCCACCCCCUCCGACGCCCCUCCUCCCACCGCCACACCACCCCCUCUCACCCGCCCCGAACUCCCCCUCCCUCUCUCCGACCCCCGCCGCACCCACCCCCUCACCGCCUUUCCCCAAAUCAAACUCACCCACCCCACCGGCUGGGCGACCGGCGGCGCGGGCCCCUCCCCCGAAACGCAGAUCGCGUUCGCCACCGCGCUGGUGAGCCGGCGGCGGGUGCGCAACGAGGACGGGCUACGGCGGGCGCUGGAGGAGGAUCGGGCGGCGCAGGUGAUGGGGUUGUGGAAUCGGAGUAAGGAAAGGCAGCAUGCGGUGGAGCAGAAUGCGAGGGUAAGGAGAGAGUUGGAGACGUUGGUGGCGCAGAGGGAGAUGGAGGUGCGGUUGGAGCAGAGGAUUCGG